AUGUCUCUGAAAGGUGCGAAGGGAAGUCCAGAAAGUAGACCAUCCUCUGCUGCCAGCACGACUCCGCGAGGAGGAGGAGGAGGAGGAGGAGGGAGGGGCGCUCCGGUGGCUGGCAGAUCGCCAGCUACGAAGAGAUUCAAGAGCAAGGCCCUUCAGCUCAGCCUCUCCAAGAAAUUUUGCACAAAGACGCCCUCGGCCCAGGAGAAGGGCUCUGGUGACGAGGACGGUCAGCGGCGCGGUAAAAGGAGCAGCACCAGCUCAGCGGUGGCCGCAGCCUACAUCACCUACCUUAAUAAGCUCUUUGGACAGGAUAGAGAGCUGAUGCCAGAGGAGAUAAAUGAGCUGCAGGAGGCCUUUAAGGAGUUCGACUACGACGCGGAUGGCUUCAUCCAUUACAAAGAUAUCGCAGACUGCAUGAGGACCAUGGGCUACAUGCCUACAGAGAUGGAGCUCAUCGAGAUCAUCCAGCAAAUCAAGAUGAGAUGGGGUGGACAUGUGGACUUUGAUGAUUUCUGUGAGCUAAUGGGGCCGAGGAUGCUGGCUGAGACGGCUCAUAUGGUCGGGUUGAAGGAGCUCCGCUGUGCCUUCAAACAGUUUGAUUGCGACGGCGAUGGAAAGAUCACGAUGGAUGAGCUGAAGGAGGGCAUGAAGACCCUCCUCGGGGAGAAGCUUAAGAAGGGAGAGCUGGAGGAGAUCCUCGCCGACAUUGACCUCAACAAAGACGGCAACAUUGACUUCGAUGAGUUCGUUAUGAUGAUUUCUGCACGGUGACCUCUGAUGGAAGAGGAUGGAGCACACAACGCUGGAUCCAGGAGCUGCGUAGAGACUCAGGAACACUUUCCAUUGCUGCUUUUUCUGUGUAUAUUUGUAAUGUGAGAUUGUAAAAAGGUAACAGGAUCAAAGAUACGUAUUUAUAUUUUCAUAAUGAAAGUUAAGUGCAGAGGGUAAAGGGUGAGUUAUGAAACACUGAACUGUAUAAUGCUGCAUCGUCGCCCCCUUGUGGUUAAUAAGUAUACCGAGUCUUCUCCAAAGAUUCAUGUUGUUU